AUGGAGAAGAACGAGAGCGUCUUUCUUAAGAAGAGUUUUGUAGUCAUAACUGGUGCAAGCAGAGGACUUGGGAGGAGCAUUGCUCUGCAGUUUGCGGUCAAGUUUCCCGCUAAUUCCGUUUUCGUACUCAUGGCCAGGAAUGUUGAAGCUUUAGAGAGCGUUAGGAAGGACUUGAAAACAUUAUCUCCCGAAAUAUUCGUAAUAGUUCGACAAUAUGAUCAGGGCAAUACUGAUGAGGGGUAUUUCAACGGACUGUUUGACAGUGUACUGACUGUAAAUAAACUAUCUAGAGAUGAUUUUGAACAGGUACUGAUUGUUCACAACUGUGCUUCUACGGGAAAUAUUGACCAGACUGCUCUUCAAUUGAGUGACGCCAUGCAAGUCCAGUCUUAUUACGAUAUAAACCUGAGUGGCUUGAUCCUACUCAACACAAGCUUCUUCUCGACAUUUUCUGACCCAUCACAAUCUAGGGUUGUAGUCAAUAUGACGUCAGGGGCUUCCAAGCAACCUACACCAUCUCUACACUUGUACUGUGCAGGCAAGGCCGCACGUGAUAUGUUUUUCAAAGUCCUUGACAAAGAGGAGCCUUCUAUCCGGAUUCUAACGUACGCUCCCGGUGCUGUUGAUACCGAGAUGUUACGAAAUCUGGAAACCAACGCAUCCUCCGUACCAUUACAGAAACUAGUUAAUGGCUUGCGACAAGACGACAAAUUACUGACAGCAAAAGAGGCAGUCGCCAAUCUGGUCGAGGUUCUAGAAGACAACACGUUUGAGAAUGCUGCCCACGUAGAUAACUAUGAACCGCAAGCUAAACCAUACCGUGAAAAAAUGUUAAAGCAGUGA